UCGUCGCUCGCUAGGCUGGUCGGCGACGUGGCGGCGAUGGCGGCGGAGGAGAGGAUGAGCGUCUACAGGGCGUCGAGGAGCAUCAAGAGGAUGGAUAAUUCACUCUACAACGCGUUGCGCUCCAUCUACGAGGACUCCACCUUCGUGGCCGAGAUCGCCGGACUGUGGCCGAGCCUCCCGCUCGUCGCAAAUCUCCGCUGCGGCCUCUGGUACGCCCCCCGAUUCGAGGCCACCUGCUACUUUAAGUCCACCGACGGGCACACCAACAACUGGUGCUUCAGCACCUCGCGCCUCAACCUCCACCUCGCCCGACUCGCUGGACAGAGAGGAGGGUGUCUUAUAGUCGAUUCGACGAGGAAGGGAAAACGCUUUCCAGAUAGCAUGUCAAAGACAAUUCCAAUAUGGGCAUGUGUGAUAAAUUGUGCCAUCAAGAAUUAUCUGCAGAGGAUGCUUGGUGAUAACCACCAAGGUCAGGAACUGGAAUCUAAUAUUUCCUCCAAUGAGACUUCUGACAUGAGGCUCAAAUCUGCUGACUGGGAUUGCUCCUUGCAUCUUCCGAUAUGGGUCUCAAACUCUGAGAAAGCAAUUAUAGAGACACACCUUCAAGAGUGGACCGUGCUGUUGGAAGCUUGCGGUGCUGAUAUUAGUUCUCUUGCGUCAAACUUGAGAAAGCCCCUUCGUCCAUUAUGGAUUUCUCAAAAGACUCUCAUUUGGUUGAAUGAAAUUCCUGAUCAUGAUUCUUGGGAGUUCAUACCACUCAUCCUGGUCUCAGCGUCAGCAUCAGAUGGAAUAUCUCAGUCAAGAACAAGCUCAGGAUUUAGCUGGCAUUAUAUUCCAGGAGCUGGAGAUGAUGAAGAGAGCUGGGCUCGAGGCCUGUCACCUGACCUGUUUUGGAAGCAUGCAUUCGAACUUAUAGAUACUGGGCCUGAACUUUGCAAUCGACAAGUUGCUGAAAUUGUUGAAAAAGAAAGAGUAUAUCUUGCACAAAGGGGCAAAUAUUCUCCUCAAGUAACACUCAAGACGGGGAAAUCAUCGACAAUCAAUCAUCCUAUUUCUCUCGAAGAACCUAAUAUUGUUAGUGAGUUGAUGGAGACUGAAUUUUCCAUCAACUCCAUGAGUACAAUAUCAUCCUGCAAAGAACAUACUAUAUUUUGGCUUGGUUUGACUAAUGUUGCAGUGAGCACAACCUCACAUGUCUUUAAUGCAUCUGAUGAUGUUGACUGUGUAUUGAACUGUGACAGCAACUCAGGAUCAUUUUCCUUUCCAUCAGCCAGUUCCCAAUUGCAUCUACCUAUAGUGACUUCAAAAGUGGAUCGGUUCUCCUUGAUCAGGAAUCUUCCUUCUGCAAUUGAUUUUGCAAAGCUAAACUUGAGUAGAGGAAGAAAACUACUAGUCUGUUGUCAUAAUGGAGAAGACAUCAGCAUAUGUGUGUGCCUUGCUAUCUUAAUGUCCUUUUUUGAUGAAAAAGGAUCUUUUGAUGGCGGCAAUUCAUUCAUGCAUACCACAAUAACCAAGUGGGAUGUGAGGAGAAGGUUGGUCUUCAUUUGCAAAUUUGCCACAAGCGCACGUCCAUCAAGAGGGAAUUUGAAGCAGGUUUUUGGUUUUCUUAGUAGAGAACAAGAAUCAGCCAUCAUUGCGGAGUCUGCUCUUGAUGCCACUUGAUCCUGCUGCAACUAAUGCCCCUUGUGGAGCACCACCAAGCAGUCUCCUCCACAAGAUGACUUCCGAAGGCCAUGAUCCUGUAAAUGCUCUGGAAACAAUUCUUGGCAGCCAUACAACUAUUUGGUUGAGAAGUUGUAUAGGUAUUGCUACUAACUUGAGAAAGGAACAUCUCCUCUCCUUGUGUGUGGUAAAGGGUUUAGUCCAGAGGUGAUAUAUGUUUAGUCUAUUCAAAGAGGGAGAGGAGGAAUCCAGAUAGGCGCACCUUCAUGCUGGCAUCAAAACAGAAGCUUUUAAUUCCUUACAAUUGCCAUGCAUGUCACAUCCAUGGAGGCAUCAGAUAGGUAAGAUGCACCCUAAGCCGGUAGGGCAUUUGACAUUGCCCUCAAUCAGUACUGUUCUCGAUGGAAACCAUGUCUUUUUCUAACAUUAUUGUACCUUCUAUUCUUAUGGACACCUAAGGAGCCUUAUUAUUGA